AAAAUUCGGAGUACAGUAGUUGGUCAGCUUGGAAAAACUGCUCUGCAGAUUGUGGAGUAGGGACGAGAGAGCGUACAAGACAUUGCAUCCUUAAUGAUACCAGAUAUUGUUUAAGAGAUGACAUUGGUCUUCAGAAAUGUGUAGGGGCUGGAAAUUGUCCAGGGCUUGACAGACGUAAGACAUCCUUUACCAAUAAUCAAUUUCUCUGGAACGAUCUCUCAUAUGUUAUAUAUAAUGCAUGGAAACAAGGAGAACCUACUGGGGGAGACUGUGUUAGAAUGAACUACCAGUUUUAUGAACCAAACAAUACUUGGGAGGCCGAAGACUGUUUGCAAACUCUUGCAGAUUAUUUUGUCUGUGAAACAGCUAUAGAAAAUGAAGCUGACGUUUCGGCAAUAUCAGAAAACAAUGUACGAUAUCAGAAAUAUAGCAGCAAUGACUGGAAAAUUGUGAAUGAACAGAUACGCACAGGCGAUUACCGUGGAACUUUAAAUACGAGUAUAAACGGCGAAGAUUGUUUACCAUGGCCUCCAUGUUGUACAAAGUAUAAAUCCAUAAAAGGAAAUUUUUGUCGGGACCCAAAUGGAUAUGGUUUACUUGUGUGUUUCACAGACACCAACCAACUAAGCUUGUGUCCUUUUAUACGUACGUAG